GCUGCUCAUCCCUUCACCACCACCAGCAGUCCGCGUCGUCCCCCCCAGCGCGCAGACACCUUUCCUGCAUGGUUCUAGAGUUUCUCGAACCCCGUUCGCGAAUCUACCCCGGCGCUGCUAUUGCUAGACGCCCAGAGUCGUCGGUGCCUGCUAAUGCCUACAGUGGCGUCAGGUGCCACGGUAUACCAGAACAAGUCGGGUCCGUCCAGAUUACGGACAGCAUUCUCAUGCUCCACCAUAUCAUCCCACGUUACCGCUGCAAGCACUAGCUCGAGCAGCAGCAGUUCCUCGGAUCUGGAUCCACCAUAUCCCCCAACACCAUCAUAUUCCUCCGAGUGCCUUCCAGAUGCACGUUCACUUUACCCAAGUACACCUUCAUCCGGGUCCCGGCCAUCCCUAGAAUUUGGGGAUAUGCCGGUGUUUGACGUAUCUCCGUUAAGGCCGAAGCGGAAGGAGGUUUAUGGACGGACCUCGGGGGAGUGCACACGAAGCGACGACUCCGUCGACGACAGACCACCAGUGUACGCCCAGGAAAGCCCAAGAUCGAUGCGGCGACCUCUCCCCUUACCCCCACAAUCACCCACCAGACCCCGGCGUCCAUCCGUCGUACGGCCUCUCCCUAUGCCUGCCGUUGACCCUCCUCCCUACACUUCGAUACAACCAUUAGUUCAUGACCGUUACCGCA